CCGCGAAGACGGGCAACUGAAUUUCACGAGUCUGCCCACCGGGGCGAUUUUGUUGUCAAAUUGCACCGCAGCUAGCUAGCAAGCAGUGUUUCUACAAGAUGACACUAGCCAGGGCUAGCUGUUUAGCCAUAUCAUUUGCCUUGCAGUGCUAUAUAUUCUGGUCAUUUAGCCGGCUAUCUAGUUCUAUUAACAACUUCCUCACAGUUGAAUAGAUAGUUAGCCAUAUAGCCCAUAGUUGUUAUAUUGAAUUUUACAGCUUGUUAGUUAACAAGCUAGCUAGCUAAAUUAAGUUAGAUCGGUUUUAGGUAUCUUUAGCUAGCGCAACCGUAUUGGUAACGUGCAUAACAUUUGCAUAAUGUUCAUUUGUCGCACGUAAGUUAUUAGAAAUUAAGUAUUUCUAAUUUAUGACGGGUAAUACUCCCAUUGCCUGUUUGACUGCAUGAGGAACAGUUGUAGAUCACUGUAAGUAACCACCUUUGCGGUUACAGAUGUAACAUUACAUUAUCAGACGACAAGGCGUUAUCCCCAGACUAGUCUCAGAUUAAGGGGUCUUCAUCUGCAAAUCUCUUGAAAACUAUUCUGCUAAUGCAAUGACACAUUUCGUUUUAGCAGCAGAUAGUCCAUCUUGUACAUGAAUGUUAUGUUUUGUCAGUGUGUGGGAGGCGUGUUGCUUUGGUGUUCUGCUCCCGCUUGGGCAAAGAUGAGUCAGAGCAGAUUUUGCGUUAAUUUAAGGUGUUUACACACAGCAUCUGCAAGCAUCCAUUCCACGCAGCCUGGGUAAAUACUGAACAAGCUCACAUGCUUUCUUAAUUAGAAAAAAAGUAUGAACAUCCAUAUAACAAAAGAGAGCUUCACAAAGCUGCUUUUUAAUUCAAAGCUAUUGCCUUGCAAGUUGACAGCCUAUUUUUACUCGUAUAGUUAUAAGGACUAUCCCAUUCUCUGCUUUAUAGAUGUGCUGUUUACCAGUCUAAGAUGUCCAUGAAGUAUCUUUCUGGGGUUCUCUUCAUGUAGAACGUUCCACAUUUGGAGCUUUGACGAUUCAGAAGUCGUUAUAUGGUGCACCUCUCCAUAUUUUCCCUACAGCCAGGAACAUUUUGAUCAAUGAUUCUGCUAUGUAACUGCCAUGCAGCUUACCAUGGGUACACUUUUAUAAAAGUGUCCAGAACCUCAUAGGUAUCUGUCCUUACAGCACGAAAAUGCCAGAGCUUAUCCGCAAAGACCCAGUAUGGCUGUAGGUCCUCAUUCCAAUCAAGCAGGACUGUAGCCUAUUUUAUGUUUCUUAUUAAUCAUGUAAUCGCUGUCCUCAUAUAACUAGCCAUAUUACAUCCCUGCCGCAGAACAGCCACAUUAGGCUUUACUUGAAGCCCGCUAAUGAGGAGUUUUUUGUCUGCCAGGUUUGUAAUUGGCUGUGGAGAACCAUAUCCAACCAUUUGUCUAAAACGAUUAGUUUAGUCACUAAAUAAAAUAAUUGAAGUGUUACCUAUGAUUACCUCUUUUUCUUCAAGAUUAUGUAUGAAGACAUGGAGCAGCCAGAGGGGUUCUGUGUCAGGCUGGAUGCCAUGGACAGCUCGGUCACUCUGUGGCAGUUCCUGCUGCAGCUUCUCCUGGACCGGAGUCAGGAGCAGCUCAUCUGCUGGACCAACCAGGAGGGCGAGUUCAAGCUGCUGCAGGCCGAAGAGGUGGCCAAGCUUUGGGGCGCUCGCAAGAACAAGCCCAACAUGAACUAUGACAAACUGAGCCGGGCCCUGCGCUACUACUAUGAGAAGAACAUCAUCAAGAAAGUGAAUGGGCAGAAGUUUGUGUACCGCUUCGUCUCCUACCCAGACAUCCUGAAGGGGGAGCCGAUGAGCCGGGCUGAAGGGGCAGGAGAAGGGGGCUUGGGCGGGGCUUUGCCUGUGACGGACAGGAGCUCUAGCUGCCAGCUGAAGGAGAAUGAGAACAACAGCGUAGGUCUGGAGAGGUGUGGAGGGCUUGGAAUAGGCGGCCAGGGUAAAUCUACCGGCCGGAAUGACUACAUCCACUCAGGCCUGUACACCACCUUCACAUUGACCUCUCUGCAGUCUGGCACACAGCUCUUUAAGUCCAUUAAGAUGGAGAACCCUGGCGAGAAGCUGGCUGAGAAAAAAGGUACCCCGGAGCUUCAUCCACAACAACCACAGCAGCAGCAGCAGCAGCAGCAGCAGCAGCAGUCAUCCUCUCCGUCCGUCAUUCGGUUUGGGACUAUCCCAGCCAGUCGGUCAUCUGCCGACAAGCCCAUACCGUCCCCGUUGGCAUCUCCCCUCCAAGCUCCGCCACCGGCAGCCGGCUACACAGAAAUGACCAGCAGCCAGUUAGCUCUGUCUCAAACCAGCUCGUUUGAGGAGACCAUGAGCACCCACUCCCAAGUGUUCCACCUGGUAGGGCUCCAGUCCCGCUCGCCCUCGCCCAACACCCUACAGGACUCCACCCAGGAACUGGUGAUCGACAGUGACAUUGAGUCCAUCUCCUCCCAGGGGCAGUCCAUCGUGCAGCUCUCCCCAGCCGGCAGCCAGAGCGGUAAGGCCCGCAAGCCCAAAGGCCUGGAGCUGAUGCCCACGCUGGUGGUGACCAGCUCGGACCUGAGCCCCAUGGGUCUGUCAAGCCCCUCGCUGCCCACAGCCUCGCUCACGCCAGCCUUUCUGCAGACUCCCACACUGCUGCUGACCCCGAGUCCUCUGCUGUCCAACGUCCACUUCUGGAGCACGCUCAGUCCAGUUGCCCCUCUCAGCCCUGCCCGUCGGCAUGGCGCUCACACGCUGUUUCAGUUCCCCUCCGUGAUCAACACGCAGUUUACCAUACCAGUACACAGCCUUGAUGGCAUCACCACACCUGGAACACUCUCCCCGGACCCCCCAAAGACAUAAGCUCUGCUCUGCUCUGCUCUGACCUGACCCUGCCCUCGUCCCCCACGCCACUCUCCACCACCCUGGCCUCUUUACUCUUCUGCUUUUUUUCAACGUCCAAAACUGUCGCAGUCUUGUCAACCAAAAUCAGGGGCCUGCGUCUGCUAACAGCAUUUGUUGUUUAUCUGGUUUUAAGAUGGAACUCGAAAACAGAAUUUGUUUCCAUCGUUGGAAUGUGCUUGCUGAAGAUGGGGCGGGGAGGACGGUGGCCUGUUGUUUUUCCGUUCUCUUAGAAACGCUUGUCUCCAUCGCAAGCGAUCGCCAGGCUCCGCCCUCAGGAAAAGCUCAGACGCACGAGCAGAAAGGGAGCCUGGCCAGUGGUGAAGCUGCUGCAUCACGUGACCAUGGAAAAAAAACACACCAAUCAGGCCUCUCUGUCAUCUGACCAAUGGCAAUGCCUCAUGUGGGUGACAUAAGGAUUGUCCUUUUAAACUUUUAUUGGUGUUUUGUUGAACUUCAAGUGUCCUUGAUGGAUGUGGCUGGGCUGAACUUCUCCUUGCAAUUAAUAAUUGUUAUAUAUAUUUUUUUUUGAAGGAUAUUUGAUAUCCUAUUUUUUAUGUGUGUCCUAGGUAUGUGCUCUGACUCAACCUGACCACUUUUGAUGCCCUUUUAACCUUAAAAAUGUUUUUAGAGAGUUUGCCCAGUGGUGACCUCAUAAUCUAAACCCUGACCUAAUUGUGACCUUCUUGUACUUGCACCUUUCCCCAAAAUAACCUGAGCCACUCAAUGUUGCGACAGUAAUUUGAGUCUCGCCACAAAUUUGCCUGUAGAAGAUUGCGUUUCCCACUGUUAUACAGGAGCCCAUAGAAAAGGCAACUUGGAUAGACAAUCCUGUGUGAAAAAGUCCAAGCAAAUUGAACUGCCUUCAAUGAUCUCUGGGUUUAAGAACCCCACUAAGCCUCUAUUACGGUUCUCAUUUUGGAGGUUUAAUAUGGCUUAAACAAGAAGUGGAAGUCUGGAAUCAUUCACACUGAAGCAGCUGGGCAUUGACAGCACAGAAUUGUAUGAACGUAACAUGUUGCCCAUCGUUCGGUAUUCCUGGAAAGGUAUUUCUAAGUGUAGAGGCACGUCCCUGAGAAGGCUGACCAUAGGCAGAAAUGCACCUUUGCUGGUUUCUGACAUUUCUAGAAACCAGUUUGAGUGCACACUUUCUCAGCACAUUGUCUUCUCUGAAGGGGACUAGUUGGACAAAAAAAAAAGCAAUAAUAAUCCCCUUGAUAUCUCCAUGACAUUUUCGAUGUAUUCCAGUGCUAGUCUGGAUUUAACCCCUAAACUAAGAACAGAUGUUUGCAGAUGUUAAGAUAGAUGAAAUGCAUGCUUAAAGUCAGUGCAGCAACUGCACUGUAGUGCACUGCCUUUGGCCUAGACUGAGCUUGCCUGCUAAUCUGGCCCCUCCCAUAGAAAAAAUCAGCAGGUUAUUCAAACACUUCAACAACAAGGUUGUUUCAGGUAUAAGCCGCUGAGGAGUAAUGUAGAAAGAGUCUUGUUUCGUAAAACUGCAGCUUAGUAAACACUAGACGUGUGCUCUGCAUCCUGGUCAUUGUUGCCAACGCAUCUCAUUGGUCCUCAGUGGACAUCAGCAGCUUUCGUGUUUCGCAGUUUUGAUGUAGAUCGUCAUCAGUUAUAGACUAAAGGACCUCAACCGUAGGCCUGCUUCUCUUUCCUCUUGGCACUGCAGAUUGUAUUUACACUUUGUCUCGCAAUCUCAAUCACCUCUGUACACUUGCCACAAAAAGUGCAAUCCCCUACCUCUAUCCAUAGGUUUUACCCUUGAGUCAGACUGAAGGAGAAAGCCAUGCUUCGAAGACAAACUACACCAGCACUUAAUGCCCACUUGUAACUGGAAGUCGUGUUUUCGUGUUGCACUUAUCUAAUCUUUUUGGGAAACUUUUGAUCUUGUAUGUAUUUGCGUAAUUACGUAUUUUACUUGUGUCCAAGUCUAUCCCUAAGUGACUUAACCCCCCCCCCCCAACCCCUUUUCCCCCUGUUCUUUCAGUGGCAUGAGGACAGAUGACUUCUCAUAAACAGGCCACUAGUGUUUCAUUCAUGAGUGAGCGGGAGCCAGUUGAGAGCCAUCUAGAUUAGCAAUCUAACUCCACAGUAUCAGGCUGUAUCACACUCAUCUCUAGAAUAUCAAGAUGGGUUUAUGUGCAGUUUUCUUAGUUUUUUUUCCCCCCACAUCAGAAUAAUUAGAUCUCACUCACACUCCCUCAGAACCUCAGAAAGAAAUAUCUCAGGUAAUAUGGUGCAUGGUCAUCAUGUCCUCUGACCAGAUCUAGUGUGUCAGGUUCAAUGACCAGUUUUAGGAUCGUUUCUCCUCUCUUGGAUACAAGUCAGGCUCUAAAGUGAUGUUUUUGUUUUGCUCUUUUUAAGCCAUACUCAGUUGACCUCUGGAUAUACAAGUCAGAAAUCCACAGUCUACUCUGCAGAGAAUUCUGCUCUAUAGCAUUUGAAACACAACGUUGGAAUGGAGAGGCCAUGUGCACAUGGUGCCUUAUUUAGUUGGAUGGAUGUAUUUGCCAAACGAGGUGGGGCUGUUGGCCGCAUCCCCUCCGCUUGCAGGGUCCUCAUCAGCAUGAUUCAAUUGCUUCUCUGGAACAACAAUUUCUAAUUUACUCUCACUCCUCCGUAGGCAGGAUAUCAUGUUGAGAUGUCCAGCCGAUGAAUGAUUUAAAAACAUGUUUUUACACAGGGUUUCUUUACUGGUCUAUACCGUGCGUGGUCCCAGGAUAGCAGAUUGUAUGUGGUGUAGAUUCAUUUUUUUAAUUUGGAAAAAAGUAUGAGCAAAAAUGGACAUGGGGAUAUACAAUUACACAUGCUUUGUUAGGUUUCUAAUGUUAAAACCUACAACAGUGCCCUCCUGUGACCUAUAACAUUGUUUCCUCUCUAUGGAGUCUAGGACUUCACUUGUGUUUCGUUCCGUUCUGUACUUGUCUCUUUUCACCCUGUGUGUGCCACUGUCGCGGCUGGCGCGCGGAAGGCUCUCAUCGGCUUCCCGUGCCUACUGUGCCCACUGCCACUGAUGUAAAGUAUGCGGUGGGCCACUCGCUCACAAAAUAGCAAACACCGAGUAUAACAACUGUUUUUAUUCCUUCUCAUUGUUCUGUAUAUUUUCUGCGAGUUCUCCGUUCCUCUGUCUCCUUGUGGGUGUUGUGCUAUUGUUUUCCCAAGAUAGAUUGAAAUGAUAAUUUCCAUUGUUUGGUUUGUUUUUGAGGCUAGUUUUGUUGUUUGUUUGUUUUCCUUGUCAAAUCUGACCAGUCAGUGGACUUAUUCUUUGUACCACUGAAGGUUUGAACGUAGCAGCCUAACUGAACCAAGCUAAUCUGUUGUACAGUAUUUUAACCUUGUUUGAUGCUAAUGUACUUGACAGUAUUGGCACUUAAAAAGGCUUAUGUGUUCUACUAAAAGGUGACCUAAUACUCCUUAUUUUAACCCCAGGGGAUAUUUUCAGUUAAAUAGAACUUAAGUCUAGUCCUGAACCGCAGUGGUUUUAAAUUGUAAGUCUUCAUUCGAGGCCCAGCUCCAUCCAGGGAUAGAAAUUAACUCUUCUCUGAGAAUAGGAAGUUUUAUCAUUGUAUCAUUAUCUUUUGGAAAGAUAUUUUAAUACAUCCCACUUUGAUAAAAAGCAAGUCUAUGCACAAAGUACUUUAUACCGCACAUCUCGCGAGAGGAUUCCUAAAAAGUUAAAGAAAUCCCUACCGACUUUUACAAAUCAAGCUCACUGUCUAUUUUCUCACUUAACCUAGAUUUCUAUGCUAGUGACAUAGUAUGAGAGGCAUAUGCUAUAUUUUAUGUACUACAGUUUUGAUAAAAUACAAAUAGCUAACAGCCAUCCAAUUUUAAAUUGUAAUCCUUGAGAAAGGAUAACGUUUGGAACAGCAGCAAGUAGAUGUCGUCCAUAGGAAUUAAUAAAUAAUAAUAAAUUGAUGCCUUUUCCUCUUGUGUAUAUACAUUUUUUUUUUUUUAAAGUUUAUAUGGUACAGAUAUAUCCCAUCGCUUUGGAAGUCAUCAUCCCUUGCAAAUGUAUUUUGUCAAAGAAAGAACAAUUAUUUUCCUGUUGUUGAACUCAAAUGUUUAAAUGCAAAAUGUUUACAAGCUUAAUGUUAAUUGGAGUGUUCUUUGUACUGUACAUAAAGCUGGAGUGGUAAAUCUGUAUGUUGGAAUCAAACAGGAAAUACAUUAAAUAUGAUCUUUGUCAA